AUGUAUGUUUUUCUCUUUUCCAGUUAUCUAUCAAGAGGAAUACUAAUAACAGACAAAUCAAUCAAGGAAUCAACAACUCAACAAAUCACAUUUCUCACUGUACCACCGUGUGAUGAGAAAGAUCAACCUGUUCAUGUGAUUGAAGUAGGGUAUGCAGCAUGUGCCGCUCCACCCAAUCUUUAUAUUGUGCACCUGACUGCUAAAGCCAACAAUAAUGAUGUAUCAGCAAAGGAUGACUUGCACCAUACAGUACAAACAUUCUUUCAGUUUGCAUCAAAAGAAUCUGGACCUUCAGUAGAUAAUGCUAAACCAAAGAUCCUUUGGUCAGUGUUUUUCACUCAAGAAGACGUGACUGGAGUUGAAGAUGAAGUUCUUAGAGCUACAAUGCCUGGUAAUGUGUAUGUUACAGCAGGAGCUGGAGGAUCAAUUGGAUUUGAUCAUGCUGUAUCACAGGCAAAGGAGAUCUUUGAUAAGUUGUGUCCUGGAGAAGAAUUUCUUCCAGCUGCUCCUGAUCCAGAUGAUCUUGUAUUUGAAGACCCUAAUAAUGAGCAUACAUCCCAGGCUGGUUUUGAGGUAAACAGUGCAACUGUUAAUGAUGAGACUCUGGGGUCAAGAAAGGAGACAAGGACUUCAGAAGAGAUCAAAAAUGGAACAUCAGAAGAGAACGAAAUGGGAACAUCGGAUGAGAACGAAAUGGGAACAUCGGAAGAGAACGAAAUGGGAACAUCGGAAGAGAACAAAAUGGGAACAUCGGAAGAGAAUGAGGUGAGAACUUUGAAAGAGAACGAAAUGGGAACAUCAGAAGAGAACGAAUUGGGAGCUUCGAAAGAGAACGAAAUGGGAACAUCAGAAGAGAACAAGAGGAGAAUGUCAGAAGAAAACGAGAUGGGAACGUCGGAAGAGGAGGUUACAGCGUCGUCAGUGGAGACAAAAAUAUCAGAAGAUGAGAAGAUAAGAACAUCAGAAGAGCAGACUGUAAUGUCAGAAGAGAGAAAAUGGCAGGAAAAAUAACAUUUGAACUUCACAUUCUUGCUGUACUGGGUUUAUAGAAGUUCCCUCUCCCCUAUUAUCUUGGUAGUUGAACAUAUGUUCAGGGGAAGUGGGCAUAUACCUAUGAACAGACAACAUCAGAAUUAAGUAUCUUAAUUUAUUUAAAUCUAAUUCAUUAAGUGAAAUAUAAAAUCGUCAAUUUUUCUGUUUAGAUUAUCUAUGUAGGAUUCUGAUUGAGAGCUUUAUUUAAAGAAUUAGAGCAAAAAUUAGGAUUUCACAUAUUAAUAACGCAUGAAUAAGCAUAAUCAACUUAGAGCAAUUACAUGAAAAAAAAUGUACAUUUACAAUUUUGUCAGUUUGAGGCAGGAAUAUAGCCAAAAUAGCCUGAUGUAGUUAGGGUUGAACUGUUGUAAUUGAUUUAAUAAUGAAGAAGCAAUUAAUUGAAAUAACAAUGCAUUACAUGUUUCAUGAUAUGUAGUAAUUGAAUCAAUCAUGUGAGCAAAUGAAAAAAAACCCUCUUAAGAAUGUUGCAGAUCGUAUUUGUUGUUCAUACUUGUAUCACUGUUUACAAGUGCCAUGAUUUAUAGUUUUUCAAGUAAUUUUUUAUAUUUUCUAUUAUGCUUUAGUUUUCUUUAAUCAUUUCAAUGAAAUUUUGAUGUCCUCAUAGCGAGCCUCUGGUUAUAUUCUUCUUGUAUGUAUGUGGCUAAUGUUAACUUAACCUUUAAAGAGCUGAGUGAAAAUGCAUCUUCCACUGCUCUUCACGUUAAAUCUGACAUAUAACCCUAAAACCGCCGGGGAGAUUGGGUUGAAUCAACCCCCUCUCCCCCCUUUCCCAUUUUCCAUAAUACCCCCGUCACACUUAUUCGGAAUCAGCAGGAAUCGAGCAGAACCAGCCGGAAUGAAGAACUUUCAAAAUUCGUGCCACAUUCGGGAGGGAAUUUGAAAUUUUCACUACUUUUGCAAAAAUGUCGUUCGAAUACUUAAAACGUCCUUCGAUCCCGCCUUGAAUGAUUCUUGCACAUUCCGGGUGUAUUGACUGUCGAAUACAGUCGGAACACGGGAAGAAUAUUAAGAAUGCUCUUAGAAUGUGGUAAGAAUAUUUAGAAUGCAGUCAGAGAGCAGUCAGAAUGCACUUCGAAUGUCGUUCGAUAUUUCUCCACUUCGAAUGCACUUCGAAAGUUUUGAACAUGAGCAAAACAUUCGGGCCGGUCACAAGAAUGGACCCGAAUGUCUGGAAUGCACUCAGAAUGUAGUCAGAAUUUUUAAAUGCGCUUCGAAUAUCCAGGAAUGUACCAAGAAAUUCCAUUCCGACGGCAUUCCGCCUCUAGUGUGACGGGGGUUUAACCAUUCGCUUGAAAUUUUCCGACCAUGCCGCUCACUAACUUUUACUUUAAAGUCUUGCGCAUCUUUUGAGACCAAAUUUACAAUGUCCGGGUAUGCGGUUGAAAAAUCAUGCAACAUUAUGUAAGUGCAUACAUGUCAGACCAAAAAUUACUCCAAAACUUGAUUUUUUUGUACAAAGCCAAUGUAAAUUAAUUAUUAUUAUUUUAUUGAUAAAGAUAUUAUUUUUACUUUCAAAAGCUGAAAUUGUUUACCAUAAAUGUAUUGAUACAUGUAAAAGGCUCUGCUAUAAAUUUGGUGAAAAAAAAGAAUACAAUAGGUCAAUAAACUAGCAUUCAAGGAGCUUUUUAUAGUGAAAUAGAGCAAUAAGUAUGGUUUCCGCGUAAAAUAGCAUGAUUAAUUCAAAUUAAAACAUUUUGGAAGAAUUAACCAUACAGCCUUGUAGAUUACAUCCCACACUAUUUAUGCCAAUUUUCACAGCGUUCACGCUAUCGGCAGCUGAGAUCUCAAGGUGGGUUGACUCAACUCCCCCUCCCCCCCCCCCCCCCCCCAACCACGACCAGUUAACACCUAUAAAAGCCCUGCCUGGUUAGAGUUAAAUCUAUCUGAAACUCAUUUGUAAGGCCUAUGGCACACAGGAGUUCUUGAUUUUUACUUGGAAAUAAAAUUAUUUUGCUGAAAACUCAA